CGAAAGUGCUCGCAUCAGCGUCGCGUCUGCUCGUCGUCCACACAGACGCGCAACACACGCCCAGAGUCAUCGACGCCGAGUCCAGAACCAGAAUCAGCGCACGCGGUUGGCUCCAGUCCGAGGGUCGUCGCUGCCUCCAGAUCGCCCCAAAUGAUCGAGUCGACAUUUGCAUCCCUUCAACAACAAACCCCCAUCGAGCAUUAACGCAUUCGGAUCGCUGCCUGCGACGGCGCUUUCAACACCACCGCCACCACGCCCAACGCAGACAGCGACAUGUCGACUGUAGCCGGCGCCGCGCCGACCACUGCCGUCUCGCCCACUCGCAAGGCAAGCGACACGCAGGAAAAGGCUGCGAAAGAGAAGAGAUACAAGUGCCAGUUCUGCAAUCGCGCCUUCUCGCGCUCCGAGCAUCGGUCGCGACACGAGAGGUCACAUACCAAGGAGCGUCCGUUUAAAUGUCAGAAGUGCCGAAGUACCUUCGUACGGCGCGACCUACUCCUCCGCCACGACCGUACCGUCCAUGCAAAAGACGGCGGCGUGCCACUCCAGAGUGAGACCAAGCGUCGUAGCAAUGGCGGCAACAAAUCGGCCGCGCAGCAGAACAGCAAUGCUAAUGCGAACGAUACCAAACUGCCCGUACUUGAUGAUGCUGCCUUCGACCAGUUCACCGACGCUGACAACCCGCUGGGUAUCCAGCAGGCUGCCAUGCUGAUGCACAAUUUUCAGCAAAAAGCCGCCAUGUCCGGCCAAGAUAUCGCUACCAUCCAGACCGAGCCACUGAUCACGCCUCACGGCCCUUCUCUCAUGGACACGAGUGUCUCUACAUAUCCUGGCUCUAUCACUCUUCCUCAGAUGCAUGGUUGGGACCAAAUAUUGUCGGCAUCAGCACUCUCGCAUGCGCUUACUGCCUCCGGCACCACUCUUCCUCCCUUGAUGGAACGCGGUCAGAGUCAGCAAGAUGGUCUGCCUUCCUUCGGCGCGUCAUCGCUCAUGGAAGGCAUUCACACACCCGGCGCCUUGUCACCCUUCCCUGGCUUGAUAGGUCCAAUCUCACCCGUCGACUACAAGCGAUCUCCCGGUCCAGCGCAGCAAUGCACCAUGGCUAAGGCGCCGCAGGUCACCACUGAUGACCAGGUCACCCGCAUCAUGGAGAACAUCCGCAGAUGCGAUACCGAGGGUGCGCUGGUUGAGACUUUCCGUCUCCCUCAAACAAACGUGGUCAAUCGCUACUUGUCAACAUACUUCAACUUCUUCCAUCACCAUCUACCUUUCAUCCACCCGGCCUCCUUUGAUCCUGCUUUGGUCUCUGCGCCACUCCUCCUGGCAGUGCUUUCGAUCGGCGCUUUGUACACCUUUGAGCAAGACCAGGCCUACAUGCUCCACAUAGGGUCAAAGGUACUCGUCACUCAAUUCCUGCAGAAGAAAGACAACUUCAGCUCUCGCAAAUGCCCGCUCUGGAUGAUGCAAGCAUCUCUACUGAAUAUGAGCUUCGCAAGCUGGAGUGGCGACCCGAAAGGUCUCGAGUGGGCAUGUUCGAUCAAAUCUCUCCUUGCGAACAUGGUCGCCGGCAACAGGUAUGAGCUUAAGUUGCGCACCGAUGCCCGCGAAGGUCGACAGCCCACUCACGGGGAAUGGAUCGAGGAUGAAGGCUGCAGGCGCACCUACUUCGCUGUCUACAUCUUCUUCGGUCUGCUCACGUUGACGUACAACCAUACUCCUGCCAUCAACUUCAACGAGUUUGACACUUUGGAACUGCCGUCUUCCGAAACGCUUUGGAAUCUGGACCCGACCGACAAUGAGAGCUGGACAGAAAGCCUUACAGCGUCGACCAUCAUCACAUUCCGAGAAGCACACGAUGCACUGUUCCAAGGUGAAAGCGCUCGCUAUAGCGCUUUCGCCACUCGUGUGAUGAUCAAUGCGCUCUUCCUAGAAGUAUGGUACCACAAGCGUAGUCCAGAAGCCCUUCAAGACGUGGUCACCGAGUACAAGCUCCGUUUGGCCCUGGACACAUGGGAGAAAUCACUGGAGCUGUGCGAGCCAGAGACGGUUGUUGUUCAGCUCAGCGCACCACACAAGGGUCACCCUCUCAUCUUCAACGCAAAUGCCAUGUACAGGAACACUCGUGCUCGCUUGCUUGUUGACCUGAAAUCGGUUCAAGAAGCAUUGAGAUACCACGACUCUUACGAAGUCGCCGCAGCAAUGACACAUGCCCGCGACAACAUCAAGAGAAGCCAGGAAAUGCUCAACGUCAUUCAAAGCUGUUUUGACUGCAUUGAGGUUGCCGCGCGUCAAGGAAUAAGAUGGGUUGCACGCACCUCGGCCACCAACUGGAGCAUUGAGCAUCCUCUCUGCGGUCUUGACCUCAUCGUCAUCCUGAGCUUGUGGCUUUGGCGCGUGGAACAUGAAGACGAACCUGCCUCGGAAGAAGAGAAAGAAAUGUACCAAAAAUUGCGGGGAUUGUUCGAUGAUGAUACCAUCGAUGGUUUCGGACAGAAGCUGAGUUCCACUGUCGCGAGACUUUGGGGCAGCAUGAUUGACGAGGUAGUCGUCUGGGGCAUCACGAAACUCAUGGGCGAGUCCUUCAAACUCCACAGCCAGGCUCUCAUCGGAUAUGAGGAUGCCAUCAUGACGGCUGAACAGAACAAUGGCAGCACCAGCCCACCGGCUGUCAUUGCACCACACCAGACCGAAGUCACGGCCUACUAAUACCCCACGAUAACGACGAAUUCCAUUGGGCUGCGAUACUAGAUUGAUACCAUACACGCACACGCGCGAGCUGCUGGCUUCGUCUGUACUACUAUCUCUUUGAGGUCAGAAGGAGCUUUCCUGUAACAGAUACAGCAACAGUGCGUUUUCUUUACAGCUUUUAUCUUUUCGGCGGCGGAACACUCUGGACCGUACUCCCAAAUACUAUUUAAUGACUUGAGCCUGGCACGUCCCUCGGAAGAGGGCUUGCGAGCAGGCAUCGAAAAACGGCUGGUCCGCGAGAAACCGGACUCUCCGUUCACGGGCGAACGACGUUCGCUCCCGACACAACUGGAAUUGCUACAACUGCUUGAUUUUGUUCUAUACCAUGUGCGUGUAUCAGCAUUGUUUCUUUACAUGUCUUUUUCUGAAUGGGCCUGCGCCAAGCAUGGGCGUGGCAGGAUGGGGAGCAUAGCGUGGACUCUUCUGCUCAUUAUUGUUUGAGAGGGAGUAAUAUCGGUUGUAUCAUAUGUAUUGGUAUCCAUGAAAACAGAGGCGUUCAUCACU